AUGGACUACAGGCAUGUUCUCAUUAAGUGCACGACUGAAGCUGACUUUAACAGGAUCUGGAUAAGAGGGAUUUGGCAGUUGGGCAAAUAUCCGAUGUGGGUGUUUCGAUGGACAAGGGAGUUUCAUGUUCUCAGAGAAUCAUCUCUGGUUCCGGUCUGGGUAGAUCUUCCGGCUCUGCCUAUUCAUUAUUUUGACAAACAUUCAUUGUUUUCCAUACUUUCUCCAGUAAGAAGACCAUUGUUUCUAGAUUCGCCAACGGCUGCUGGAACUCGUCCUAGUUUGGCAAGGGUAUGCGUGGAGCUAGAUGUAGCGAAGGUAAUUAUACCAAGAGUAUGGGUGGCUGUUGAAGGGGAGUCUGGAUUUUGGCAACGUAUUGUGCCAGAAAACAUGCCACCAUAUUGCUCAUAUUGCUCACGCUUGGGGCACUCACAUGAGCAAUGCAAGAAGAAUGCAACUGAAAAUGGACCUUGGUAUCAAUAUAAGCAAACAACGAGAGUCAAGCAUGAUCCGCAGAAAGAAGUAAACAAUGUUCAGGUGUCUAAUUUAGACAAGGUGCAAAAUCCAGAUGCUAACUCCAAAAAGACAACAGAGGUGUUGACUGCUUCUGAUAUGGUUACUUCAAAUGAUAGUCCUAACGUAGGGCGAUGCACUGAUACGGUUGAUAACGAAGGUAAGCUUAAAGGAGUAAUAGAGGAGGGAGUCAGGACUGCCAAGCAAGCUGAGAAAGACGUCGUACCAGUUCACCAAGACGACAAAUCUGCCGCUAUUAUUGGAGAUCAGGAUGCUGCAAUAGGAGAUGAUACCAGUCCGUCGCCUUCUGCUGUGCACGGGUAUUCAGAUUCUGAUCACACAAGGGAAGAUGCAUUGGAUGGGGAACAAGGGGAAAUGGAAAACCAGUUGGAGAAGGUCCAUGGAAAUGAGUAUGAAGGGACCCAAUCUGAAUUGAAUAAACAAUUUAGAGAGGAACAUCAACGAAUGGCCGACAGAAAUUCUUUGCAGCACCUCUAA